AUGGUGGUCCUUGCAGCCUCCAUUAUUACCCGGGGAGGAAAGGCUAUCCUGUCCAGACAGUUCCGCGAGAUCAACAGAUCGAGAGUCGAAGCACUGUUGGCGUCUUUCCCGAAACUGGCAGAUGCUGGCACUCAACAUACAACCGUUGAGCAGGACAAUGUCCGCUUCGUCUACCAACCACUGGACGAAUUGUACAUGGUCCUGAUCACGAACAAGCAGUCGAACAUCCUGCAGGAUAUAGAUAGCUUACACCUGUUUGCGCAGGUGGUCACCAGUAUUUGCAAGAAACUUGACGAGCGGGAGAUCCUUCGCAAUGCUUUCGAGCUGCUCAGCGCAUUCGACGAGCUCGUCACUAUGGGCUACAGGGAAAAUCUUACUAUGGCUCAGAUAAAGACCUUCCUCGAAAUGGAGUCUCACGAAGAAAGGAUACAGGAAAUCAUAGCUCGAAAUAAGGAACUCGAGGCAUCUGAGGAGAGAAAGAGGAAGGCUAAGCAAUUAGAGAUGCAGCGCAAAGAGGCUGCGAGAUCUGCCGCUUAUGGAAGAGGUGUCGCACCCAAAAUGCCACAAUAUCCUACAUACACUCCGCCGCCACAACCGACUGUCACAGAUUCGUAUGACAGCUAUCAAGCCGAGAAGAACAAAACUUUCAACAAACCACUGGCCUCGAGAGGUAAAGGCAUGCAGCUUGGCAAGAAAGGCAAGAACACAGAUAUCUUUGACAAGGUCAAGGCAGACCUUCCUGAAGUUGAAGAGCCAGUCGUGGCAGCUGCUACCACUGCUGCACCCUCUGCGUCUACAAAUAGAGUAUCACAGGACGUUGUUUCGGGCAACCCUAUCAACGUCACCAUUACUGAGUCUAUUUCGGCAAAACUUGGUCGAGAAGGAAAUCUUACUUCUUUCGAGGUCAAGGGCGAUUUACAGCUGAAGAUUACCGACCCUGCACUUACCAAGCUGAAUCUCUCUCUUUUAGCAAACGAAGGACCACUGAAGGCGCAAUUCAAGACACAUCCAAAUUUGGACAAGAAUCUAUUCACAUCCCAGAAAUUAAUCCAGCUCAAAGACACCAGCAAAAAAUUCCCCACAAACGCCUCUACAGCCGUGCUAAGAUGGCGAGCCACAGCGCCAGCCGAAACGCCAGACGUCCUACCCAUCAACUUCACAGUCUGGACCAACAAGUCAACAGAUGACAGCUACACCGUCACAGUCGAGUACCAAUUAGCAGAUGCUUACGCCGACCUGCCAGAGCCUGUUCUAUCAGAAAUGACCGUCACGAUACCAUACCAGACCUCAGAGCCUUCAGUCUCGAGUUUCGAUGCUCAAUAUUCAGUGACUGGUGACUCGCUGGAAUGGACUAUCGGUGCGAUAGACUCGUCCAAUAACUCUGGCAGCUUCGAGUUUGAAGCUCAAGCAGACGAUGACGGAGAGUUCUUUCCUAUGCAGAUACGGUUCGAUAUGGCGAAGCCAUAUAUCGAUGUAGACGUGCUAAGUGCUACGUUGCUUGACGAGGACGAAGCUGUAACAUUUGACAAGGUCGUCAGGACGAGGAGUGAUGGUAUUGUGAUAGAAUAG